UCUCCAGAAAUGGGUCAAAUCCAUUGGUCCCUGCUCAGUCUUCUUUGCCUGCUAGGGUAUGGAGGCUUGGCCGAGGGUUUCUCGGGGUUGGCUUGCAACUGGGGGCUGCAAUCGACUCACCCGUUGCCGGCCGACAUAGUGGUCAGGCUCUUGAAAGACAACGGGUUCAACAAAGUGAAGCUGUUCGAAGCUGAUCCCGGUGCACUCAAGGCUCUCGGCAGGUCGGGUAUCCAAGUUAUGGUUGGGAUACCAAAUUACAUGCUGGCUUCGCUUGCUAGUGCUGUGGGAAAUGCCGAGGCAUGGGUGCAACAAAAUGUUUCCAAAUAUAUAUCCAGCUAUGGGACUGAUAUAAGGUCGGUAGCCAUAGGCAAUGAACCGUUCCUACAGGACUACAAAGAUCAGUUCGUGAGUACAAUAUUUCCAGCCCUUCAAAACAUUGAAGCAGCUCUUAUCAAAGCCGGUCUAGGCAAGCAAGUGAAGGUGACCAUCCCGCUAAACGCCGACGUCUACCAGACCGACUCCGGCCUACCUUCAGGCGGAUAUUUCCGACCCGAACUCCAGAAUCUAAUGAUGAACAUCAUCAAGUUCCUUCAAGACAACGGUGGCUUCCUCACCAUCAACAUCUACCCUUUUCUUAGUAUGCAAGCAGACCCUAGUUUCCCCAAAGAAUAUGCUUUCUUCAACAACACUGCUAAGCCCCUCGUCGACGGUUCCAUCGUUUACACCAACGUGUACGAUGCCAACUUCGAUACACUCAUUUCGGCUCUAGAGAAAAACGGCUUCGGACGUAUGCCGGUCGUCAUCGGUGAAGUUGGCUGGCCGACUGAUGGUGAUCCUGGUGCCAACGUCGAGAACGCCAAGAGGUUCAACCAAGCACUUCUGGACCGUAUAGUCCAAGGCCAAGGCAGUCCACGGCGGCGAACACCACCGGAUGUUUAUAUCUUUUCGCUCAUCGACGAAGACCAUAAGAGCACCUUGCCGGGGAACUUCGAGAGGCAUUGGGGUAUCUUUAAAUACGAUGGAAGCAUCAAGUAUCCACUGGAUAUGGGUAAUGGGCGUCCCAUCGUGCCAGCCAAAGGUGUCAAGUAUUUAGCCAAGAAAUGGUGCGUGAUGUCGCCUUCGGCCGGCGUCUCGGACCCCAACACGUUGGCUCAGAGCAUCACCUACGCUUGCGAGAACGGCGAUUGCACCAGCCUCGGCUAUGGUUCCUCGUGUGGGAACCUCGAUGCUCAAAGCAACGCUUCUUAUGCGUUCAACACGUAUUUUCAGACCACGAAUCAAAGUAAAGGCGCAUGUUCUUUUAACAACCUGGCUGUUAUCACAACCGUUGAUCCGUCGAAGCCGCCGUGCCGUUUCGAGAUCAUGAUCGACACCCGAAAACAAAAGGCGUCUCCUUCUGUUUACAGAUCUUCGGCUGCGAAAAUCGAAGCCAUGUUUGCAUCUUUGAUUCUGGGGAUUGUGGGUUUAGUUAUCUGCGGUGUUCAUUGAUUUUAAUCCUUUCAUUGCCUUUGCUGCAGUCAAAACAGGCAAUCGACACUUUCAUUUUCUCAAGUUACUUUUUUUCUUAGAACCCGUUGACCAUUUUAAACUUGUUUUUACAUUGAAAUUUAACCAUUUACAAUACUAAUAAUUCAUUGUUAAAUUCAAUUAAUUUUAAGAUUAUAUUC